UUGCGUUCGUCAAAAAAAAAAAAAAAAAAAAAAAAAAAAAAUGUAAAGCUCAAUUUCGUUGAUGAUAAAAAAUAAAAGCUUGAAAAUUCUAAGAAAAAUGGCGUUAGCAAGCUCAAGAGUGCUCCUGGUGCGAGCAUCAUGGGAUACUCAAGAAAGACUGCCUUACAAUCCCAAUUUUAUUUCUUCUCGCAAACUCAAGAAAUCCCGAAACAAGCAGAGUUCCCGUUUAAAGAUUGAUGUUGAUAAUCUUCUUAAGCUCGACCCUAAAACCCCUCAAAAUGUUAACUUGGAGGAGCAGGCAUACUUGGGUUAUGAGAGAUGGUUGCCAAGCCCGCCAAAGGUGGAGAAACCUCGGUCUUCACACAAUGCGGCUUCCUUGGCAUUUAUUGGAGACUGUAUAUAUGAAUUGUAUGCGCGGAGGCAUUUCUUAACACCUGCACUGAAUAUUGAGGACUACAAUGAUAGUGUGAUGGAAGUAGUACGCUGUGAGGCACAGGAUGCCCUUCUUCAGAAACUUAGUAAUGCAGAUUUUUUGUCAGAAGAAGAAAGGGAUGUUCUACGGUGGGGAAGGAACACUCCUUCAUCUAAAAACCGUUCUACAAAACGUGCUGGUGUAGCAGUUUAUAGCAGAGCUUCAUCUUUGGAAACACUGAUCGGUUACCUUUACCUUACCAAUCCAUUACGCUUGGAGGAUAUGAUGUCAUGGCUGGGAUUCUCAGUCGGUUUUUCCAACCAAUCAAUUCUCGAGAGUGUAAUUGCGGAGUUUUCAAGCUUGAAGCAAAAGACUGAAAAGAGACCAAGAGAGCAGAAGCCUCUACUAAGCCGAUCUGAAACAGUGCCGAGCAGUGUUGAUACAAAGGAAGCGUUGGUAGUGUUAAUAGAAAAUGGCCGUGAUGGUGUGGAGACAUCAACAGUAUUCAGUUAGAUUAUGACUGGUUUAAUACACGAUCUUAAUGUAAACAAAUUAUAAUUGUUCGAAGUGUAUAGGUGUAUGGUUUGCUGGAAGUAGUAUAUGUAUUCAUUCUUGAGUUAUAUCAAACAAUGAUAAUUUCAUGGUCUAAUGAUAUAAUAACAGAAAACUAUAGUAGUUGAUUCUUGUUUGGCUUUAUA